GCGGGGGUCCGGGACAAUACUUACAGCCAAGCGGGCACAAGAGGCUGCAGCCGGAGGCGCACGAGAGUCUGUGCUGCCCGUCCGGCCCGUGCGCUGGUCACCAUGAGCGCUGCGCCGCCGGUUUUCCUGGGCUCCGAGGUGGUGGAGAAGCACUUGCACCGCGCCAGCCUCCUGAUCCCUUCGCUGGAAGCUGCCCUGGCCAAUUUCUCCAGCGGCGCGGAGGGAGGCGUCGUGCAGCCCGUGCGCACCGUGGUGCCGGUGCAGAAGUACAGCGGAUUUUUAGGGGUCAUGCCUGCUUACAGUGCAAAGGACGAUGCUCUAACAACUAAACUGGUAACCUUCUAUGAACACAAAAAGGAUUCUUCUGUUCCCUCUCACCAAGCAACUGUAUUACUCUUUGACCCAAGAAAUGGCUCUUUAAAAGCUGUCAUGGAUGGCAGUGUCAUUACAGCAAAACGAACUGCUGCAGUUUCCGCGAUAGCUACCAAGUUCUUAAUGCCAGUUGAUUCAGAAGUGCUGUGCAUUCUAGGAGCUGGUGUUCAAGCCUAUAGCCAUUAUGAGGUCUUCACAGAGCAGUUCUCAUUUAAAGAGGUCAGGAUAUGGAAUCGCACUAAGGAGAAUGCUGUGAAGUUUGCUCGCUCAGUUAAGGGUCCACCAGUGCAGGUUUGCUCCUCUGCUCAGGAGGCUGCCACCGGAGCUGAUGUGAUUAUAACAGUCACCAUGGCAACAACACCAAUUUUAUUUGGCGAGUGGAUAAAACCAGGUGCCCAUAUCAACGCCGUUGGGGCAAGCAGACCAGACUGGAGAGAGCUGGAUGAUGAAGUGAUGAAGAAUUCUGUCCUAUAUGUGGAUUCUCGAGAGGCGGCUCUGAAUGAAUCAGGAGAUGUUAUAUUAUCAAGGGCAGAGAUUUUUGCUGAGCUGGGGGAGGUAGUGAAAGGGACAAAACCAGCCUUGCGUGAGAAAACAACAGUGUUCAAAUCACUGGGGAUGGCAAUUGAAGACACUGUGGCAGCAAAAUUCGUUUAUGAUUCCUGGUCAGCCGGUAACUAAAACGAAGAGCCUGCAAUACUAAGAAGGACAAAAUAAUAUAAAGAAAAUGGUUCACGCUUAGUUUUCUUGUACCAUUUCUUUAUAAGAAAAGGAAGUAAUUCCAUAGGGAAUAUAGUACUUUAUAACUUUCAAUAGCCAAUAUUAAAAUUACAACAUAUACAGCAUUUACUUUUAUUCUUUAAUGUCAGACAUCUAAUGUUUGUAAAGUUACUAACAAAUGUAUUUCUGUGCAUUUUGAUAUCCUCUGGAAUAAACCACUUUUGCUCACUAAUGUAACAGCUAGCAGAAAAACUGUGUGCAGAUUUCAUGUCUGUGGAGAGCUAAUUGGUAUGGUGGUAAAAUGCACUAGUGUGGAGACUGCAGUUUAAAUCUGGUAUCAUGUCACUAGUGAUAGCUGUCUCCAUUUAAAUCCCAGUGGGACAGUUCUCAGCAUGAUGAAACCACCAUCAUUCAGACAUCUAUCCAUCUGGUCUCUAGAAAGGUCUGAAUCUGGAAUGCUAGAAAUGCUGUAGGUUACAGUUAGAGUGUGUUAAUCAAAAAGGGUAAAUAGUUAAUCAUGUUCAGUGCCUUGCUAUGCUGGGACUUAGUAUUAUCAGUUUAUGAUGGUCAUGAGAUUCACCCAAAACUUCAGCGUUAAACAGUUUUUUCUUUAAAAAUAAAUAAAUAAUAUUGCACAUAUUCUAUUGGGAGAUUUCCUGAUUUAAUAUGUUCAUAAAUUCUCUACUAAGGCUCUCUUAGGUUAGAGCCAUGCUGACUUAUUCCAAUGGGAUAAACUUCUUCCCAGUGUGAAGACAAACCUUUUCAAUGCUGAGGUUUGUUUGUGUCUUGAGGAGGAGAGUGGACUGGUAAUCAUGCUUUUAGCCAUAUGAGCAUUGCUUUAAAGGAGCCUCUCUUUCUUUCUUUAAAGGAGCCAGGGGUGACAUGCUAGGUAAGGAAAAGUUCCUGUUCUAUGCUAACAACCCAACUGUUUUGCAUAGACUGCACAUCUGUUAAUAGAUGGCUCUUGCUUUGGGAAAGAGUACCAAGUUUGGGGCUGCAUUUGUGCCUUAUAAAAUUGUUUGCAUCUACAUUUUAUACCAUGCAGGUAAUUAAAUAUUUCUUCAUUCCAUGGAAACGUAUAUAGCACAGUCAUUUGUAAUGCUGCUAGUACAGUAUAGAGAAGCAAUAGACAGGAGGUACAGUAGAAUUUAGUGUUAAAUCUCUAGGUGGUGCAUGAGUAAAUUUAUAAAGAGAAUUAUGGGCAAAAGUCACAGGUGACAUAAUGUGUGUGUAAGUUACAAGCCUUUUGUAAACUAGUCAGAAAAUAGGAGUAAAUUGCAUAGUAGUAUAAUUUGCAUAGAUUUAGCAUUGAGGGGUAACAAACCCUUAAAUCUUUUGGGUCAAACGAUGCUCUCUUUUACAUGGGUGCAAAAUCCAGAGUAACUCCGUUGACUUUCCAGUGGCAUAAGUGAAUGAAGAAUUUGUCCUCCUAACCUUUGCAUUUUUAAAUUGUAAUUAUGUGACCUUAAAAAUUCUGUUAUGAAAAAAAUCACAUUUAAUGUACUGA